AUGGAAGCUGAAGCGCCAAAGAUGAUUUAUAGACCACUCGGAAACACAGGACUCAAAGUUUCUAUCCUCUCCUUAGGAACUUGGAUACUUUCUUAUAAUGAAGAAUCAGAAGCUAACCUCAUCGAGUGCAUGAAGAAGGCUUGGGAACUAGGUGUCAAUUCAUUUGAUACUGCUGUGUUUUAUGGAGAUGGUGCUGCAGAGAGAGUAUUGGGAAGAGGCUUGAAAGCAAUUGGGGCUGAAAGAGAAGACUUUGUCAUCACCACCAAACUGUAUCGCAGUGGAACAGGUAUUAAUGAUUGCGCACUUAGUAGAAAACACUUGACAGAAGGGAUGAAGAGUUCUUUGAAGAGACUUGACCUUGAUUAUGUUGAUGUAGUCUAUUGUCAUAGGCCGGAUACUCAGACUACUAUUGAUGAGACAUGCAGAGCCUUAGAUUGGAUUAUUGAAGAAGGAUAUGCCUUCUAUUGGGCUACUUCUGAGUGGACUCCAGACCAGAUUGCCAGAGCCAUGGAGUUUUGUGAGAAAGAAGAUCUUCACAAACCUAUUGCUGAUCAGUGUCACUAUAAUGCUCUCGUAAGAGAGAACUUUGAGAAAAAUCUCAGACAUGCUUAUGAAAACUACAGAUACGGAACCGCCGUCUGGUCUCCUCUUGCAAUGGGACUUCUGACUAGUAAAUAUCACAAAGGUGAGUUCCCAGAAGGAUCAAGAUUUCAUCCAGAUACCAAAGACUUCGAUUAUGCCUACUUUUACUUCGAUCAUGAUGGUGGCAAAAAAGAAGCUACACUUGAAUCAUGCAACAAGUUUGCAAAAAUUGCUGAAGAAUUUGGUUGCACACCAGCUCAACUUGCAUUAGCUUGGACUCUUGUGAACAGAGAUACAAGUACAGCCAUCUUUGGAGCUGACAAGGUUAGCCAGGUUGAAGAAAACAUGGUUGCUCUUGAGAUAGCUUCAAAGUGGACUGAAGAGCUUGAAGACAAGAUCGAAGAGGCUCUUGGCAACCAGCCAGACCCAGAGAUGGACUACAACACCUGGGCUCCAAAGAGACCAAGAAGAAGAGUGGCAAUUGACUAUGACAUGCCAAAUCUUAAUGAAUAA